CAAGCCGCUGACCCAGGGGUCCUGCGGGCGGUACCACCGACCUUCCACCCGGGGGGACUCGGGGGCCCGGAGGGCUGAACCACUGAGGCCACACGGGGCCCGUAGAGGGAACCACUUUGCGGGAAUCGUGGAGGGGAGGAGAAAAGGGUCAAGAUUCCUCGCCACUGACCACCCUCCCAAGGAUGACGGAAGGGCCGGAUUCUGGGAGGCAAGGCUUCCUGGUCCUGUUUUUCCGAAGCAACCCGUCGCCGUACCCUAGAAGGCCCCGCCCGGUCGGCGACUCAGUGUUUGCAUCUGCGAAAUGGGCACAUGGGCGCAGCUGAGUGGGCCGCGGGGACCGGGAAUGAGGCCCACCGGUUCUAGACCCGAUCACCUCCUCCCACAGAGUGAAGGCCCCGUACCUUGGGCCCCCCUCUCAGGCAGCCCCCCGAGCCGAUGGAGGAAAACGAGGUGGAGAGCAGUAGCGACGCGGCCCCUAGGCCUGGCCGGCCCGAGGAGCCCUCGGAGAGCGGGUUGGGUGUGGGCACCUCGGAAGCCGUGUCGGCCGACAGCAGCGACGCCGCGGCCGCCCCGGGGCCAGCGGAGGCCGACGAUUCCGGCGUGGGGCAGAGCUCGGACCGCGGCAGCAGCUCGCUGGAGGAGGUGUCUGAGAGCAGCUCCAGCACAGACCCCCUACCCCAUGGCUACCUCCCUGACUCAUCUUCUGUUUCCCGCGGGCCAGUGGCAGGGGUGACGGGCGGCCCCCCAGCCCUGGUGCACUCCAGUGCACUGCCAGACCCCAACAUGCUGGUGUCCGACUGUACGGCUUCUUCCUCGGACCUGGGCUCGGCCAUUGACAAGAUCAUCGAGUCCACCAUCGGGCCCGACCUCAUCCGGAGCUGCAUCACCGUGACCAGUGCGGAGGGCAGUGGGGCCGAGGCCACACGGUACCUGAUCCUGCAGGGACCAGACGAUGGCGCCCCCAUGGCAUCACCGAUGUCCAGUUCCACCCUGGCCCAUAGCCUGGCAGCCAUCGAGGCCCUGGCCGAUGGCCCCACAUCCACGUCCACGUGCCUAGAGCCACCAGAGGACGCGCAGGGUGGGCCCAGCUCCCCGGCGCAGCCACCCCUGGGUUCUGGCGCCGAGGAGCCGGACUUGCAGAGCCUGGAGGCCAUGAUGGAGGUGGUGGUGGUGCAGCAGUUCAAGUGCAAGAUGUGCCAGUACCGGAGCAGCACCAAGGCCACACUGCUGCGCCACAUGCGGGAGCGGCACUUCCGCCCGGCAGCAGCUGGUAAGAAGGGGCGUCCGCGCAAGUCGGGCAGCUCGGCCCAGCCCCAGGAGGAAGAGGGCCCAGAGGAGGAAGACGACGACGACAUCAUAGAUGCUGGUGCCAUCGAUGACCUGGAGGAAGACAGUGACUAUAACCCUGCAGAUGACGAGCCCCGGGGCCGGCAGCUGCGGCCCCAGCGCCCCACCCCCAGUACCCUGAGACCCCGCAGGAGACCUGGCCGGCCCCGGAAGCUGCCUCACCUGGAGACCUUGGAUCUCCCAGAUGGUGUGGAAGGAGAGCCUUUAGUGAGUUCACAAAGUGGACAGAGCCCUCUGGAGCCACAAGACCCCGAGGCACCUAGCUCCUCAGGGCGGGGACACCUGGUGGCCCUGGGCAAGGCCAACCGGGCCCACGUGGAACCCAGUGUGAGCCAGUCAGAUGCAAGGAAUGCAGCUUCGUCCUACCAGGAUGAGGCUGACGCCCUGCCCCGCCGUCGUGGGCGGCCCUCCAGGCGCUUCCUUGGCAAGAAAUACCGCAACAGGUACUAUUACAAGUCACCCAAACCGCUCCUGAGGCCUUUCCUGUGCCGCAUUUGCGGCUCCCGCUUCCUAUCCCACGAGGAUCUACGCUUCCACGUCAACUCCCAUGAGGCCGGCAACCCCCAGCUCUUCAAGUGCCUGCAGUGCAGCUACCGCUCCCGUCGCUGGUCCUCACUCAAGGAGCACAUGUUCAACCACGUGGGCAGUAAGCCCUACAAGUGUGACAAAUGCAGCUACACCAGCGUCUACCGGAAGGACGUCAUCCGGCACGCAGCUGUGCACAGCCGGGAUCGGAAAAAGAGGCCAGACCCGACCCCAAAGCUGAGCUCCUUCCCCUGCCCCGUGUGUGGCCGUGUCUACCCCAUGCAAAAGAGACUCACUCAGCACAUGAAGACACACAGCACCGAGAAGCCCCACAUGUGCGACAAGUGUGGAAAGUCCUUUAAGAAGCGCUACACCUUCAAGAUGCACCUGCUCACGCACAUCCAGGCUGUCGCCAACCGCAGGUUCAAAUGCGAGUUCUGCGAGUUUGUUUGCGAGGACAAGAAGGCACUGCUCAACCACCAGCUGUCCCAUGUCAGCGACAAGCCCUUCAAGUGUAGCUUUUGCCCCUAUCGCACCUUCCGAGAGGACUUCUUGCUAUCCCACGUGGCUGUCAAGCAUACAGGGGCCAAGCCCUUUGCCUGUGAGUACUGCCACUUCAGCACGCGGCACAAGAAGAACCUGCGGCUGCAUGUGCGGUGCCGGCACGCCAGCAGCUUCGAGGAGUGGGGGCGGCGCCACCCUGAGGAGCCCCCCUCCCGCCGCCGCCCCUUCUUCUCCCUGCAGCAGAUCGAGGAGCUGAAGCAGCAGCACAGCACGGCCCCUGGGCCCCCCGCCGGCUCCCCAGGACCUCCCGAGAUCCCCUCAGAGGCUGCACCUUUCCAGUCCCCUGAGACCCCCCCACUGCUCUGUUCCGACACCCUGGGUGGCGCCACCAUCAUUUAUCAGCCAGGGACUGCGGAGUCGACAGCUGUGGCCACGCAGACAGCCUUGGACCUGCUGCUGAACAUGAGCACUCAGCGGGAGCUGAGUGGCACAGCCCUGCAGGUGGCCGUGGUGAAGUCAGAGGACGUGGACACAGGGUUAGCGUCCUCUGGGGGGCAGCCCUCCCCAGCAGGCGCCACUCCCCAGGUGGUCACCCUCCACGUGGCAGACCCAGGAGGCAGCGUGGCCGCUGAGAGCCAGCUUGGGCCCCCUGACCUGCAGCAGAUCACCCUGGCACCUGGGCCGUUCGGCGGGGCUGGCUAUAGUGUCAUUUCGGCCCCCACCGUGGAGGAGGGCACUUCGACUCCGGGCACGCCUUACAGCGAGGAGCCCCCGGGGGAGGCAGCCCAGACCGUGGUCGUGGGUGACACCCUGAAAGAAGCUGGCACGCACUUCAUCAUGGCAGCCGACGGGACCCAGCUGCACCACAUCCAGGUGACUGCCGACGGCUCCAUCUCCUUCCCAAGUACAGAAGCCUUGGCCUCCGGCGCCAAGUGGCCCCUCCUGCAGUAUGGGGGGCUGCCCAGAGAUGGUCCUGAGCCCCCGGCUCCAGCCAGGACCCACCAGUCAAGGGACCCUCAGGGCUCUGCCUCCCCACCUCCUACAGCCAGCAAACCUUUGGGCCUGGUAGUGCCCCCCUCGCCGCCAUCUGCAGCUACUGCCUCAUCAAAGAAGUUUUCCUGCAAGAUCUGUGCCGAGGCCUUCACCGGCCGAGCAGAGAUGGAGAGUCACAAACGGGCCCAUGCCGGGCCAGGAGCCUUCAAGUGCCCUGACUGCCCCUUCAGCGCUCGCCAGUGGCCCGAGGUCCGGGCCCACAUGGCACAGCACUCGAGCCUGCGGCCGCACCAGUGCAGCCAGUGCAGCUUCGCCUCCAAGAACAAGAAGGACCUGCGGCGGCACAUGCUGACCCACACCAACGAGAAGCCCUUCGAGUGCCAGCUCUGUGGGCAGCGCUUCAACCGCAACGGGCACCUCAAGUUCCACAUCCAGCGGCUCCACAGCCCUGAUGGGAGGAAGACGGCGGCGCCGACUGCACGGGCCCCAGCCCGGCCCCCCACCCAGACCAUCAUCCUCAACAGUGAUGACGAGACGCUGGCCACACUGCACACUGCCUUCCAGUCCAGUCAUGGGGUCCUGGGUCCGGAGCGGCUCCAACAGGCACUGGGCCAGGAACACAUCUUUGUGGCCCAGGAACAGACAGUGAGCAAUCCGGAGGAAGCCGCCUAUAUCCAAGAGAUCACCACAGCGGACGGCCAGAUGGUCCAGCACCUGGUGGCGUCUGAUAGCCAGCGCCUGCCUCUUCUCCCUUCUCAGGUACAGUACAUCAUUUCCCCGGAUGGAGUGCAGCAGCUCCUUCCCCAGGAAUAUGUGGUGGUGCCCGAGGGCCAUCACAUCCAGGUACAGGAGGGCCAGAUCACACACAUCCAGUAUGAGCAAGGGGCCCCCUUCCUUCAGGAGUCCCAGAUCCAGUACGUGCCUGUGUCCCCGGGCCAGCAGUUGGUCACCCAGGCCCAGCUUGAGGCUGCGGCACACUCAGCUGUCACAGCGGUGGCUGACGCUGCCAUGGCCCAAGCCCAGGGCCUCUUUGGCACAGAGGAGGCGGUGCCUGAACACAUUCAACAGCUGCAGCACCAGGGCAUCGAAUACGACGUCAUCACCCUGAGCGAUGACUGAGCGAGCCCCAGGAGCCCAGUGCAGACCACGGAUGUUGAUGGGGCCCACCCUGCUGCAGGUGGAGGCCCGUGGGGACUCCCUCCCUGCUCCACCUAGGAUCUCCAGAUACUGAGCAGCCAGCAUCCUGUCACUCCUGGGGAGCCAGACCUGUGCUGCUGGGGUUGGGGACAGCCAUGGGCACCAGCCGGGACACGCUGGGGGCCCCAGCCUGCAGGCAGGCUUCGGGAGAGAAAUUUAUUUUUGUUGGUAUGUAUCCACUGGUCUCUCAGGCUCAAUAAAGGGACCAGAGUCCAGCCUUGGCCCGCUCCCUUUGUCCAUGUGCUGCUACAGCUGGAACCAGGCAAGGCCUUAGGAAGCAGGAAGAGGAGCCUAUUAGAGUCCACUAGGGUGGGACUGAGGUGGGAGCUGCCCGGCC